AUGGCGAGUACUUCUGCAAAAUCUUUCCACGUUCGUUCCACUAGCUUUCCCUCAAAGUCCCACCCAAACUUGGCCAGAGUCCAGGAGUGCCUUCAUCUGGUUAAGGCCUGGGAAGCCUGCCCAUCAAGGAAGGCACAGUUGGUGACCAGACUUGGGCAUCUCAAGGACCUCUACGCUUCCGUCAAUGCUUUCCUGCAACUCCCACUCACUCAACAGGUUCUUUGCGGCAAAGAGAGUUUGGUGGUGGAGUUGAUGGACGACUUCCUCUGCUUAAUGGAUGCCUGUGGAUUGGUGAAGGACUCAUUGCAGCAAACGAGGGAGCAACACCAAUCCCUUCGAUCCAUGCUUCGAAGAGGCGAUUCUGGACUGGAAGCUGGCAUCUGCGCAUAUCAGUGCAGCAAGAAGAGGAUGAAGAAGAAGAUGGACAAGUGCCUCAGAUUAGUGAAAAGUGUGGAGAAGCAUGCGUCCUCUUCUGGUGACAACCUCGAUGUGGUUGAUCAGGUCAUCAAGGAUGUGAGAGAUGUUACCGUCUCUACCUUUAGCCUUCUAAGUUUGAUCGUCUCGGGAAGAAGGUCAACACAAUCCAUCUUCUCCAGAUUAUUGAGUUCCAAGAGCCAUGUUGCAGAAGGUGAUGAAGAUUGUGUCACUGAACUAGAGAGGGCAGAUGUGGCUAUCUUUAGACUGCUUGGUCAUUCAUCCAAGACUGUGAGGGAGGAUGUUGCCCAAGAAGCACAAAUCCAGAUGCAGGCAUUAGAUCUUAAAUUGAGUGAGACAGAGGCGGAGUUGGAGGAUGUCUUUAGAUGCAUGAUCCAGGCUAAAGUCUCCCUCCUCAACAUCGUUGCAGGAUGUUGAUCAGGCUUUACUGUCCAUCCACUUGC